CGCGGCAGACGCAAGCGCACGAGAAAGCCGGGACAAGACAGUGGUUAAAGAGCGGUCUCUGGGGCCCCGUGAUUAAGAUAACUGCCAAAAUAUAUGGGCAAUCGGUGGCGUGUGCUGCACUAUAUUUAAUCGGGAUCGGGCAUUGUGUGUGGCGUCCAGUGGACUUUGGUGCAGUUAGAGUGAAACGAGCGGCGGCAGUUGCAUUGACAAAGGAAGUGAGCAAAGUGAGUGAACGGGUUUCGGCCAGCAUUUUCACCUGGCCAAAACGGAGAGCCGUCUCUGCAGCGCGGCGGCAGUGAAUGCAGUUCCCGAUUUCGAAAUACACAGAAACGAAACGAAUCGAGGCGAAAGUCUCUGGCGAGGAAAGUUCUUCGGCGAAUGCGAAAAUCGAGUCGUGUGGAAAUCAAAUUGAAUUAAGCUAAGAAGACACCAACACUCCCGAAGGAAUUACGCAGGGGCAGCAAACUGAACUGAAUCGAGGAGCGAACCUUGGCAUGCAAGUGCAGUUGCCUGGAGGAGUAUAAUGAAAAUGCGGAGCCAGGACAUCGUCGGAGCGAAAUUAAAAGCAAAUAGCCACAGAAAGCGGCGAUGCAGCACGCUGCUCUGUGGCAUUAUCCUGCUUUGUGAAGUGGGCGUGAUGGCCUCGCAGGCCCCCUACAGUCAGCCCCUCACCACGAUGGCGGGUCAGCCGCGAAACGACGACACUUUCCGUCCCAUCCUACCCAUCGACAUCAGUCCGGAGUUCAUAUCGCGCAACGUCUUCACCAAGUCAGGGCAGUAUCGGGUCUUUCAGCCAGCGGAAAGUGAGAGUGAUCUCCGACUGACGGUGGCCAUGCGGCGCAGGAACUUCAAGCAUCCAUCGGAUGCACCCAGAAAGGAGCAGCCCAAAAGUACAACAACCGAGAGCCUCAACACCACUGCCUCGAUCGAGGCCGAACUGAAGGGCCUGGAAGAUCUUCUAGUGGACUAUGUGGAGCAGUUCUUCAGUCAGGGCAAGUUCGAGCCCACUCCUGGUCUGGUCUUGGCCCUGCAGCAGAACCACUCGCACCCACAAACGGAGCAAGGAAAGCGCACUGCUCGCAGCAUCUUGGAGGACACCAAUGUCGAACUCAACGUUCCUAGGGCCUUCGAAAGCGCCAGGCUGCUGUUCUUCAGUGGCCUGAAGAAGGUGAUGUGGCCUAUUUACAUGGGCCUACAAGUCCUAAAGAGCGUACUCUUCGCCAUGUUCCUGCCAACCAUUAUCAGCAGCGUCAGCAGGCUGAUCGGAAAGGGCAUCACAUCCGGCUCAGCUGGCUCGGUGCCUUUGUUCAUUCGCCCCAUGGAACCGCCGCAGGAACUGGACUUCCGGGACAACAGCGUAAACUUCGAUGACGACAGCAAGUUUUCCCUGGCCGACGAGGGCAAGACACCAGCUGGCUACGAAUACAAUGCAGAGGCAUCCCAACAGCAGGCGCAAUAUGCUCAGGUCAAUGGAAAUGCGCUGAGUCAGGCCACCCUUUCCCGCUACGGAGGCCAGCAGAUGAUGCAGGAUACGUAUCUUAGCGCACUGCAAAGCAUCGGUGCCGCCUCCUUUAAGAACUCGCAGAGCAUGUCGGGCUCCCUGAGCGCCGGCGGUGGCGUCGGAGCUCCCGGUAUGACCAAGAAGCCCACGCCGGCGGUGAUGAACACGUUCCAGAGCUUCCAGAAGGUGCCUAGCUCAUCGCUGCUGCUCUCCAACUACGAUCCCUUCUACAGUCCGCUGCUCUCGCGGUUGGACUCCGUGUUCGCCCAGCUCAAGCUCGAUCCGGAGAACGAGGCGUGUCGGGAGAAGCUGAUCUGCCUGAUGUACGCCAACCCCGCAAAGUAUGCUCCGUACAGCAACCUGGUCUCCGCCCAACUGAGCAGGGAGCUAAAUGAGUUGCGCAAACCAACCUCCGACAACCCGGACAUCCUGCGGUUCUUCAAGUACAUGCGGGCGGCCAAGGACGGCCAGGACGGCGUCGACUGCGACCAGUCGUUCGCCAAGUGCAAGGAGCUGAAGGACUUUGAGAACCCGGCCAUGCUGUCCACCUACAACGACAUCAACAAGCUUGUCCAGGCCCGUAAGCUGGCGUAGACCAAGCGUCGGGAUCUGGGCCUGGGCCGGAGCCGUCAAAAGGGACGUCAAAGGUGACGCCAAAGUUCGCUCGAGUCACGUCAAAAGUCCGUGAAUAGUAAUUAUGCAAAUCGCACUUUAGAUAGCCUAGCCAUAUAGAAAAGUUCGUUAGACGCUCCACCGCGGCAGCUGUCGGCGCAGGGUGGGUGUGGGUUGUGGGGCGGUUUAGGGCGGGGCUUCAUUAAUAUGCUGUAAAUAGAAAAGUUUGUUUCGUAGUUUAAUUAGCGCGAGCGCGAAUAACUGUAUGAUGCUGUUAUUUUUAGCCAUUUAGAUGAAUUUCUUUAAGUAUUUAUUUCUAGCCUACGCCUCUAUACAUUAAAUAUCUAUUUUUAAAUAUUUAUUCUGUUAUUGUUAUGCGAGUAGUCAACGAGAGAGUUGUUCAACGUCCUGAAUAAUCAA